AUGAAGAGAAGUGAACGGCGGAUCCAGCACGGCACGACUUCAACCAUCGCGCCAUUCAGUAACUCGUUUAUGACGGGCCGCGAGAAUUCAGCUGAAGGUCAGUCGGGUGAUAGCGAUAAAAUGGUUAAUGUAUCAAAGGAGUUAUUAGACAAGUUUUAUGAUCUCGCCGAUUUCGAUGAGCAUACACGUCAUAGUGCUGUGAUUGCCAUUUUAGAUGGAUUUGAGCAGGACAGUUCUUAUUUAAUGGAGAGGUUGAUGUCAGGUCUGGCAUCAUCACGAGCUGCUGCACGUCUCGGUUACACAAAUGCACUUGCUAUUAUUCUUUCUUCAUUUGGGAAAGAUUGGCCAGUUAAAGUGCUGUUCGAAUUAGCUGACGAGAAAUUACCGUUAAAUAAAGCAGCUCUAAGUGAAAUAGCAAAACGAGAAAUGAGCUUAGCAGAGAAACAAAGCGGUUUGGCAUAUUCGGCAACUAAUUUAUUGGCUCAAUGUGCGAACAAAUUGCGAGAAAAGAAAUUUGCAAAGGAUUUUUGGCCACUUGUGAAGAAAGAUGUUAUAAAACCGUUGGAUUCAAUUAAUCCAGAAUGGUUUUAUUUUGCUUUGCAUGUUACGGAAAAACAUAGUAAUACAUUGAAAGCUGAGGUAUCAUUUUUAUCAGCCAGUGGAGAAUUAUAUAUUUCCGAUAAAGACUAUGAUGCGGUAAUCAACAUUCUGAAGAAAGCGACCGGUUUUGCUGAGAACGAAUUGAUAUUGAAAUUAUUAAUGCUCGCACAAGCAUCAAAAAAUUUCGAAACAGUUUACAGUAAAAUUGUCGGAAAAUGGUUGUAUCAUGGAGAUUUACACAGGGUAGUUAUAUCUCGCGCACUACCGUUUAUUAAUACGAUGCUACAACAAAUUGAUUUCGAAACGGAUGAGCUCGUGGCUAUAUUUUCUCCCGAAUUCGUGCGUUUGGUAAGAUCAGUGCGAAAGAGCAAUGAAUUUCGUUUCUUGUUCUCCACGAUUGAAGCUAUCCUGCUAAUUCUUAAAGAGUCGCUUACUGCAAAAGAGUGGACAUCAACUAACAUUGCUAAAUUGCUUAAUAGUUUCGAUUGCGUUGGAAGUGGAAAUUUUGAUGAAUUUAUCGGCGGAAAUGUUAAAAUCACGGAAAAGAUUCUACUGCGAUUUCAUGAUAAUGUUCACGAUAUAGUCCUUGAAGCUUUGACAGAAUGUGGUUGGAGAUUAAGACGGAUAACUCAUGUAUUUCCACAUUGGCCUACAAGUACCCAAGGACAUGUUUUGAAACUAUUGUUCAAACAUGGAAAAUGGACAGAAGAGACGCGUAAUGCUUUUUGUUCAUCUAUUGCUUCCUUAUUCAUUGUCAGUGUAAGAGCAGGCAGAAAUGUGACUACGAUUUAUAAAGAUGAGCACCAAAAGCUGUUACAAAAAUUAAUCAAAAAGCAAGACACAGGAGUUGAACUACCCGUGGUUAACGAAACUUUAUCCGUUUUUAUGAAUAUGCUUACACUUUGGAUGGCGACAGCAUCUGUUCCGAAUGAGCGUCAUUCAUAUUUAAAAGAUCUUACUGAGACGGCAGCAAUUGGUGAAAAAAUGGCUGAAGACGAUAGCAGCGACAGUAUAGCGGUUCUCAAUGAUUUAUUACUCUCUUUAUUAAGUCGGCCACAUCGAUAUCAUCGCUCAGUCAUUCAUUAUGUCUUUGCUUCAUUUGUGCCACGGAUGAAACUAGAAAAUCUUUUGCAGAUUCUUCAGACUAUAAACCUCAGCAAUGAAGAGUUGAUGCAAGAAAAAGAUACGAGCGAAAGUGAUGAUGAAAACGAUAAAGAUGAGAAUAGCUAUGAAAAUUCUGAACAAAGCAAUGAAGAGAAUGGUUUGAUUGAUCUACAAGUUAAUGGGAAUAUAACCGAUCAACAUGAGGAAAUAGAUGAAUCUGAAUUUGAAGAGAAAGAAGAUGAGGAAAGUGAAGUUGAUGAGGAUUUUGUCAAUAGCCUUAAAAUAGCGCUUGGUUCCGCUGCUGCACGUUCUGAUGAUGAUAGUGAUAAGGAUAGCUUAUCAUCAACAGUAAGUGAUGAAACGAUGUUUCGUUUGGAUGAAGGCUUGGCAGCUGUGUUUCGUAAAAGGAUGAAAAAUUCGCGAGCUCUUAGUGCGUUUUUAAUAGAACAGGCCCAACAGUUUCGUGCUAAGUGUUUCGAUUUACUAUUGAUAGCAGUAUCUCAUCAAGAAGGAACAUACAAGACAGUGGAUCUUAUAUUGCCUCUAGUUGAAUGUGCUCAACAGGCUCUGCGUAGAAAAGAUGGAGAAUUAACUUUCAAAAAAGCAGCAAACUUACUGGAAAUUAUUAUAAAACACAAAAAGAGUGAGUUAAAUGAAAAGAAUGCUAUCAAACUACUGGAUGAACUUGUCCUGAAAACAUCACAAACUAUAAAUCCUAUUAUGAGAAAUAUUCUUGGUAAUGUUGCAAGCUUUCUGUUCUCAGGUUGUUAUGAUGCAAAAGAAAAUGUUGUUGCUGCGAGUAUGCGCUUGAAAGUGAUCGAAUUGUUGGAAAAGUAUAUGAAUGAUAGCAAAAAUCAAAUAUUAAGCGAAAUUGUCACUGCUCCUUUCAUUAAGUAUCCGCAUGCCUUGUUAAGCGAACUUCCACGAAUCAUUGAAUUUGCUUUUGAUGAAAAUAUCCGAGCAUUUCAAAGAGUUGGGGCUCUCUCUUGCGCAGUAGCCUUUUUGCGGAAAGAUUUGAUGAAAAACGAAGAGCUUGAUCAGCAGAAGAUAUGGAAAAAAAUUGCCAAAUGUUUGUGCAUUUUUGCAAACAAAUUCUUUUCAAAUUUGAAUCUCAACGAUUCAAAACCUCGAUUUUUUGCAUAUUUUGUUCGAGUUCUUACUUCAUUUGCUUCUAUUACCGAGGAAUCAAACAAGAGACGUUUACAAGAAUCUUUGACUGAAGUAUUGAAGGAAUUAUGUAGUAGCACUGAAAUUUGGAAGGCGAGUGAUAGACUUAAACGUUUUAAUGAUGCUUCGCAAAGCAUUUGUGGUCGAAGAGCUUUAGCAUCACUCAAACAUUUGCUUAAUAUCUUAGAAUCUUAG